AUGGCACCGCACCGAGUCCGCCGGACCCCAGUGUUUGAAAAAAUACGGUCGUUUCCGUUCGAUACGUUUUUAUGGCUCAAUGAACACCGCUUAUCUAUAGACUGGGAUACCCAUGCUCGCAAAGUGGCUCUCCCUUUAGGAGCCCUUCUCAGUAUUGUUUUUUAUGGUGCCGCUGCCAUCCGCUACGAUGCUUUGUCGCUGCAACAGUUUUACCGAGGAGCGGUUUUUUCGCCAAACCACAAGGUUUACGAACGAGUACGCCAGCGGGCUGUGACCGGACGGGUGCCAACUCAAUUGGACUCGGACGAUAUGGCGCUGCAAACCUGGCUAGCACUUUGGCUAAUGGCUGCAAAUUGCAUUCUUGCAACCCUCACAAUGGCUUGUGUUGCGAAUUUUGUAUCGCUUUACUUUUUUUCUUACCGAUCAUAUACCCUCUUGUACCACAGUGGUGGGUCGCCAUCGCUGUCUGCUCGCAGAUUGCACCUUACAAACAGCGAUAUGUCAUGGUGGUCGAAAUUUACAAAUUUGUUCGUUUCUCCAGAUAUGUCGUAUCUGGACUCUGAACUGGAACCAUCGCUACUUGAUGAAUCGUACAACGAGAUUAACCUCUUCCAAAAGGACGUAUGGCAGCUCCAGGUGUGGGACCCAUCGAGAUUUUCAAUGAUGCUCAGUGCCACAUUUUCUCCCCCAUUGAUGAUAUUGAUAUACAUUGGCGGAGGUCCUCUCCCCUUUUAUACACUCAUUAUAUCCUACUUGGCGUUCGCCGGCUUAUCAUACCUCACCAUCCAAAAGUUCUUGUUGCUCGUGGCCGACAAACAGAUUCUAUACCAGGAAAUGUUUCAGGAAUACAACAAAAAGUUUGUCCUUCCAAAAACCUCAGUGCUCAGAAAAGAUGCAAUUAUCGACGCCACGUUAGGACCCAGAAUACUGGCCCAUUAUACCGUGCAGACCGAGCCGGUAGCCCACCUCCACACCGCCAAGCUGAAAGUUUUCAUGACUCACGACAUAAAUGGCAAGGCUCACAAUACGGCGCCAAAGUCGUCGAUGUCCCGCUCAGUUUCUCCCGCUAAAGAAGACGUUUUUCCGAGACUGGCAAAGUACAAAAACGAAGGACGUCCGCUCGAGUCUCCAUUCCGUACACCGCUUCAUCCUGAUCCCCGUCUUGGGUACCAGAAUCGACUGCACCAGCCAAAUUGGAUCACCCUGUCGACUCCAUAUCGUCGCAAUUCUCGAAACGAAUUGCAAACCCCAUUUCGUCUGAGACCACACAGCCCUUCGAGGCAGUUGUCUCCGGGACGAAACACUUCGCCGUUGCGUUUAUCGUCGCAAUUGGACCAUCAUGGUUCCAGACUGCCAAGUCCUUCCAAAAGCCGUCCCAGGUGGCAGUGA